AUGACCUCCAACAACGGUAGGCGGACGAUGAAGGUGCCCUUGAUACCACUCGCAAGAGAUUUGGUACUUUUGCCCAGCGUCAACCUGCGAAUCCCGCUCUCAGAUCGCCCAGACAUCCCGACACUCCUGACUUCGCUCUUCAGCAAACAUGCAAAGCAACGACAGAACAGCACCCCGAUCCUGGUGGGGUGUAUUCCCCUGAACUCACCUUUCUUGUCCAAGGAUGGCCAGCUGUUGCUCAGUGACGGGGACAAAGAAAGAGCUCGGUCGAUAGACGACGAACCUAUCAACCCUGCAGCCGCUGGAGUAAAUGACUUGUUUCGGUAUGGGACUAUCGCAAAGGUGGUCGGAGUUCAGGGGAGGGCGAACGCAGAACCUUUCUUACUAGUUGAAGGAGCAAAGCGGUUUUCGGUGCAGAAAAUCUUGAAGGAAAAGCCCUUCUUCGAGGCAGAGGUGCUGGUGUACGAUGAGCCCGUUCCUCACGCCAUCGAUCCAGAAAUUCCUGAGCUGUUCCAGCAACUUAAGCAGCUUUCUCGAGAACUCCUAACGGUCUUACGGCUUGCCUCCGUUUUCUCGGCCUCCUCCAGCAUGUCUCCUCUGAUUGCCCGUCGGUUUGAACUAUUCAUCGCUAAACGGGAUAUAUCUCAAGCCGGUGCGUUGGCAGAUGUCAUUGCUGAUCUGAUUGAUGCUGGUUUCGAAGAGAAACUUCGGGUUCUAGCUUCGAUCGAGUUAAAAGACAGGCUCGAACGUGUCAUCGAGCUGUUGACAAAGGAAGUUCAGGGUAUGAGAAACAACAUAAAGGUGACCACGUUCACCACAACCACUAUACCCUCAAAUAUGGGAGUUGAUAUUAAACAGCUCGACCCCCGCCAGCGAGAACUCUACCUUAAACGGGGCAUACAGAUGAACAUGCCUGGUAUGCGAGGGAACGGUAGCGGCGAAGAUGGAGAAGAAAAAGAGCCGAAUGAGAUAGAUGAGCUUCAGCAAAAGCUCCAGGAAGCUCAACUCAGUCCGGAGGCCCAGAAGGUUGCGGAUAGAGAAAUAAAAAGACUCCGCAAGAUGAACCCUGCAAACGCUGAAUACGGAGUAUGCCGCAACUACCUGGAAAAUAUUGCGGAGAUUCCCUGGUCUAAGGCCACCGAGGACCAGUUGGGUCCAGAAACGCUAACUCGGGCUAGAAAGCAGUUGGACAACGACCAUUACGGGCUAGAGAAGAUAAAGAAACGCCUUUUGGAAUAUCUUGCUGUCCUAAAACUGAAGCAGUCUUUGAACAACGAUGUUGAGUCGCAGAUAACUGAACUCUCAAACGACCUUACGGCAAAGGAGAACGCAACUGAAGAUGACGAUUCUUCUUCGAUUGCGGAACGUGAUGCCAUCGAGACAAAACUACAACUUCUCAAGUCAAAGCGUGUGGUUGAUAAAUCACCAAUUCUGCUUUUGGUUGGCCCUCCUGGCACUGGUAAAACCAGUUUGGCAAAAUCAAUCGCUACAUCACUUGGCCGCAAAUUUCAUCGCAUAUCCCUUGGUGGUGUCAGAGAUGAGGCAGAAAUCCGUGGCCAUCGCAGAACAUAUGUUGCCGCUAUGCCUGGACUCGUUGUCAAUGGCCUUAAAAAGGUUGGGGUUGCAAACCCAGUUAUACUACUUGACGAAAUUGACAAAGUUGGCGGCGCAAACUUCCAUGGAGACCCAUCGGCUGCCAUGCUUGAAGUCCUUGACCCUGAACAGAAUCACACCUUCUGCGACCAUUAUAUCAAUAUCCCCAUUGAUUUGAGUAGGGUGUUAUUCAUCGCCACUGCGAACUCCCUUGAGACCAUUCCCCCACCGCUGCUUGACCGCAUGGAAACGAUAUAUCUAUCCGGCUAUACUACCGUUGAGAAGAGGCAUAUUGCAAAGCAGCACCUCCUUCCAAAACAAAUACGAACAAACGGCCUCUCCGAGGGCCAAGUUGAGAUCACGGAUGAGGUUAUGGACAAGAUUAUUACUUCCUAUACUCGCGAGUCAGGCGUACGCAACCUUGAGCGAGAAAUAGGUGCUGUAUGCCGCUUUAAAGCUGUUCAGUUUGCAGAUGCAAAAGAUUCUUCUCGACUUGACUCGUAUGUCCCUAACGUAUCUGUCGAUGACCUUGAUGAGAUACUGGGCAUCGAACGGUUUAACGAAGAAAUAGCUGAGAAGCUAGCAAGACCAGGCAUAGUCACUGGUCUUGUUGCAUACUCUUCCGGUGGCCAGGGCAGUAUCCUUUUCAUUGAAGUGGCUGACAUGCCUGGAAGUGGAAGCGUUCAACUCACCGGCACCCUAGGCGAUGUUCUUAAAGAAUCAGUUGAGGUGGCCCUCACAUGGGUUAAGGCUCACUCAUAUGAGCUCGGAUUGACUCAGGAUCCUAAUGAAGAUAUAAUGAAACACCGCAGUCUGCAUGUCCACUGCCCAUCCGGAGCCAUCCCUAAGGAUGGUCCAUCUGCCGGCCUCGCCCACACCAUCGCCCUGAUCUCGCUUUUCGCUGGCAAGCCUGUUCUACCUGAGAUUGCCAUGACUGGUGAAGUCUCCCUCCGUGGACGUGUAAUGCCCGUUGGAGGAAUUAAGGAGAAGAUGAUUGGUGCUCAUCGAGCAGGUGUUAAGACCGUACUGUUGCCCCAACAGAAUAUCAAGGAUGUGAGAGAUGUUCCUAAAGAGGUUCAAGAUGGGCUUAACAUUGUUUACGUUACGCACAUAUGGGAUGCUAUCAAACAGAUCUGGCCCGACGGCCAUUGGCCUGGAGAGCAGCGCCACCCAGUUUUCGAGAGUCGGCUGUAG